AUGGCCCAACCUCCCAACGUCCCCAACGGCCGCACCCUGAACAGCCACGAACUCGCCGCCUACAACGACCUCCCCGUGGCUGAACAGUCCGGCUACCUCCUCUUCGCCGCCGACGUCAUCGCCCGCGCAAAACCUUACCCCAACACGCGCGGACGCGUCGCCCGCACGCUGUUCGAGCGCGGCAAGCACUCCCUAAAGCUAAUCAACAAAUGGAACGCGCUCAACGAUGACGCGGACGGGAAGGGCGCGUGGAUCCCCGGGUGGGCGGCGGCGAGAGCGGCAGAGGCGUCGCGGGCGCAGCGGCUGGCGAUGGCGGGUGCGGUGGAGGAAGAGGAGCGGCUGCGGGGGGGGAGGGCGGCGGAGAGGGAGGAGAGGAGGCGGGCGGGGGUUGCGAGCCCGGUGCGGGAGACGUUGGGGGAGUAUGUGAGUGACGAUGAAGAGGGGGGUGGGGUUGGGGGGGAAGGGGUGGUAGAGGAGAGAUUGCCUCAAGAGAGUGGGGUUGGAGAGGAGCAGUUGCAGGCGAUGGUGGAUGCGACGCGUGAUGAAGAGCGGCUGCGGGUUACAAGGGAGGGGGUUGCGGGGCCUGGGCAGCCGUUGCUGCCAGGUUAUGAGGAUGAGUCUGGCGCUUAUGUUGAUGUUGUGGGGGGUGGGAAUGCGGUGGUUGGAAAUAGGUCGGUCGAGGAGAGGUUGGGGAGAGUGAUUGAAGAAGGAGAGAUUGACGAGGGAGAGAUUGACGAGGGAGAGAUUGAAGAGGGAGAGGUUGAAGAGGGGGAAGAGCCGUAUGAAGAACCCGAAUCACCACCAUCACCGACCGCAAAUGAGACACUCGCUGGCCGACGCGCACUCGGCAUGGGCGACUGGCAGUAUGUCAUGGCGUUAGACACCCGUCACAUUAAGACGGGGAUAAGUCAGGAGCGAAGUGCGACGAAAUCGGUGCUCGUGUGGGUGCUUUGUGAUAAAGUUACGGGUGUGAUAAUAGAUAGAGUAGUUGUCAAGCGUCUAGAUUAUAGCAGCCCUGAUGCAACACUAUCCGCAAAACUAGAGCGCUCAAUGCGCCACGAGAUUGAGAUGCACCUACUAGUGGAGGGACCGGGCUGCAAGAAUAUCCUUAAAAUGCGAGGCGAGGGGUUUCGAGAAGAGACGGAAGUAGGCAUGAUGUACUUGGAUUACGCUGCCGGAAUAGAUCUUGAGCACAUGAUCAAGCUGCAUUAUCAGAACAGAGAGCCAGUCCCUGAAGCAUAUUUAUGGUUCGUAUUCGAUGGACUCGCGGAUGCUUUAAUGUCAAUUACCACCGGAGUAUGUCCAGAGAAGGCAGCUGACAGUUCGCUUCCUGGAGCCGAUAUGCUCGAGUGGGAUCCCGUCUACCAUCUCGACAUCAAGCCUAGUAAUAUCUUCCUCGGCGAGCCCAUAAAUCCUUACGGGGCCUACUUGACACCGCUGCUAGCCGACUUCGGCCUCGUAUGGACAGAGUCGAAGCUAGUUGCAAGAAAGCGUAAAAAUGCUCUUCAUAACAUCGGAACGCGAGGCUAUCAGCCGCCGGAACAAUACAGAGAACUGACGGCAGAGGAGGACUACGACCCCAAGGGGUUCGAAGUGGGCCCAAAAGCAGACAUAUACAGUCUAGGAGUGACAAUGUGGAGGUUUAUGCUAGCGACCUGCGAUCCCGACGAGCUUUGGAAUAUACACGACCCUGAUGGGGAUAUCUUUGACUGGGAUGAUCCAGACCGCCGCCAGCUGCCGAUCGACCCCCCGGGUUAUUGGGGGAUGUAUUCGAAUCGUCUGACGCAGUUGGUGUAUGACUGCCUAAAGAUGUAUCCACCCCACCGGGUGGACAACAAGGAUCUCAAACGGCGUACGGCAGAAGGGUUCGCCUGGUUUCAAGAGACAUUUCGGGAGGUGAAGCUCUCUAUAGAGCAGUGGGAUAAUGGGGAGUCUCUACCUUGGGGAUUUCAACCCUUUAUCAUAGACGAUCCGUUCAAGAAAGGCAGUGUACCGCCGGGCAAAAGAAGAAGAAUCGACGACAGUGGCGUUGCGCAAGGUGACGCAGACAGUGGGGCACAGUAAACCUCCAGAACUAAAUCAUUCCGAAGACUCGGGAGCUGUUCGAGACUCAGUGAAAGAUCAGCACCAAUAGAACUCAGGGGCAUUUCCGGGUGAAGGACCAACAUAAAUGGAACUCGGGGUAGUUUCGAGACCCAGUGAAGGAUCCGCACCAAAGGGUUGAAGCGGUCGAAAUGAGGAUGGUAGCAACUAAAGGGCGGAUCGCUGAAGCGAGUAACUUUGAUUACCCUUGAGCACCCACCUGGUAGCGUGGGUAGGAAUCCAGCUCCCGGGAUUCAAAGGCAUUGGUGGAUUGAUCAAGCUGGACGAAAGCGAGGAUCAAUUGAGAGGAUUGAUAGGUACCGUACCAACCUUUGAGUAAUUCGGGUACAAGUUAAUGUAGAAGGUAUAUUUACUGCUAGCGGGAGGAC